AUGGGGCUGAGCUCCUGCCUCCUGCUGUUGGUGCUGCUGCUGGGGGGGUCGGGCGGCAGGGACAGCCGAGGGACACCCCCGAGGGGGGCUUGGGAAGAGGAGGGGGAGCUGUGGGGCAGGGCGAGGUACGAAGCCGUGAAGAAGCACCUGGGGGCUGUGGGUGCUCUCUCCAAGAAGUACUGGCAGUACCUGGCGUGCAAGGUGUGGCAGGAGGGCUGCGAGGAGGAGAAGGAGGAAGAGUCCAGUCCCAGGCCAGGUUGGAGUUUGCCUCUGGUGGGGCAGGAUUACCUGGAGAUCCUCUCUGCCUGGUACUGCAGCUUUGGCAAGUGCUGCAAGACGGGAGACUGCCGGGUAGUCAACAACAUCACAGGGCUAGAAGCUGACCUCAAUGAGCAGCUCCAUGGGCAGCACUUGGCCAAAGAAGUUGUCAUCCAGGCAGUGCAAGGGUUCCUGCAGAGCCCACAGCCAGAGAAGCCUCUGGUCCUCUCCUUCCAUGGCUGGUCUGGCACUGGCAAGAACUUUGUGGCCCGGAUGCUGGCCAGUCACCUGUACCGGGAUGGGCUGAAAAGCGAGUGUGUCAGACUCUUCAUCUCACUCUUCCACUUUCCCCAUCACAACUACGUGGACUCGUACAAGGCUCAGCUGAAGAAGCAGAUAAGUGAGACUAUGCAACUCUGUAAGCAGUCCUUGUUCAUCUUUGAUGAGGCAGAGAAGCUCCAUUUUGGCCUCCUGGAUGCCCUCAAACCUUUCAUGGCUCCCUAUGACAAGGGCCAGGUGGAUUACCGGAGAUCCAUCUUCCUCUUCCUCAGCAACCUGGGUGGCAACACCAUCAAUGAGGUGGCCCUGGACUUCUGGCGAGCUGGCCGGGCACGGGAGGACAUCUCCUUUGAGUUCCUGGAGCGGCAGCUGCGGAUGGAGCUGCAGGAGUCUGCAGAGAACAGUUAUGCUCGCAGCCACCUCCUGGAAGAGAACCUGAUUGAUUUCUUUGUGCCAUUCCUGCCCUUGGAGUACCACCACGUGAAGCUCUGCACACGGGAUGCUUUCCUGGCCCGGGGACUUCCAUACACCGAGGCAACUCUCCACGAGGUGGCCAGCAUGAUGGUGUUUGUCCCCAAAGAGGAGAAGCUUUUCUCUGCUCAGGGCUGUAAAUCUGUAUCCCAGCGCAUCAAUUACUUCCUUCCUUGA